AGCUGCACAGAGGCUGGAGUGGACUCUGUGGGACUUAAAGGACCGAGUGAAGCACAGACGCACACGAGACACCAGGGCCUCAGAGCUUCCUACAUUAAAGGAAGUGGAGCUUGUUAUGAACCUGUCAGGGUGCCACCGUCCAAUUCCAAAAAAUUCAUGUCCCACGGACAGGCAUUCCAGAAAGUACCGCACCAUCUCUGGAGUGUGCAACAACAGGGAUCACCCUUUCUGGGGCGCGGCUAACACCGCCCUGGCCAGAUGGCUGCCACCGCAGUACGAGGACGGAGAGCGGUCCCCCCGAGGCUGGCACAGCAGGCGCCUCUACCACGGCUUCCCCCUGCCCCCGGUCAGGGAAGUCAGCAACGUGAUAAUGCGCGACUCUGGCGGGGCCCUGCUCGAGGAUGAGACUUACUCCCAGAUGCUGGUGGACUGGGGCCAGUACGUGGACCACGACAUCUCCUUCACCCCGCAGAGCGCUAACCAAGCAACCGCGCAGCCAGCCUGCUCUGGCACCUGUGAAAACACUAAUCUCUGCUUCCCUAUCCAGGUUCCACGUGAUGACCGGCUGUCAGGUCAGCGGAAGUGUUUACCAUUCAUUCGCUCUUCCCCGGCAUGCCCGUCCAGCACUGAUGAUGUAAACACCCUGCUUCACAAGCUUCGCACAGGGCUGGCACGGGAGCAGGCCAAUGGAAUCACCUCCUUCCUGGACGCCUCCACGGUGUACGGCAGUAGCUCCACCCUGGAGCGCCGUCUCCGCGACCCGUCCAGCCAGUCUGGAGGCCUCACCGUCAACCCCCACUUCACAGACCAUGGCCGAGCACAUCUGCCAUUCGUCCCCAACCCUCCCCAUGCCUGCCUUCCAGACCCAGGGGGACCACCGGGCGAGAGGGGAGAGUGCUUCCUCGCAGGAGAUAGCCGGGUUAAUGAGGUCCUCUCUCUCUCCGCCCUCCACACACUGUGGGUGCGAGAACACAACCGUCUAGGCCAUGCCCUGAAAUCACUCAAUCCUCAUUGGAGCACUGAGACCACCUACCAGGAGACCCGCAAGAUAAUUGGAGCUCUGCACCAGAUCAUAACCUACAGGGACUAUAUUCCUAAAGUCCUUGGACCUGAGGCUUUCACUCAGUACGUUGGCACGUACAGAGGUUACAACAGUUUGGUCAACCCGGCAGUCUCUAACGUUUUUGCCACAGCAGCGUUCAGGUUUGGGCAUGCAACAGUUUCACCCGUGCUGAGGAGGCUGAACGAGAGCUUCCAGGAGCAUGACCUGUACCCCUCUCUGAGCCUCCAUCAGUCUUUCUUCAGUCCCUGGAGACUGCUGAGAGAAGGGGGGCUGGACCCGGUUCUGAGAGGCAUGCUGGGAAAGCCAGCCAUGGCAGUGACCCCCGACCACCUGAUGACCCCUGAGCUCACCCAGAGGCUGCUGGUCCUGUCCAGUCCUGGGUCUCUGGAUUUGACAGCUUUAAACCUGCAGCGAGGUCGCGACCAUGGGCUUGCAGGUUACAAUGACUGGAGAGCAUUCUGUGGACUGGAAAGAGUGGAAACUCUCACUGAAAUCAGAUCAAUUAUAAGUGACCCUGCUUUGGUGAAGAAGAUCAUGGAUCUGUACGGUCACCCAAGUAACAUAGAUGUUUGGCUUGGUGGGCUGCUGGAGGACCACGUGCCUGGUGGCAGAACUGGCCCUCUUUUUGCCUGCUUGAUUGGCAAACAGAUGAAAGUGCUGCGUGAUGGAGACAGAUUCUGGUGGGAGAACAAUGGAGUUUUUACACAGGCACAGAAACGGGAACUCAAAAGACACUCACUGUCCCGGGUGAUUUGUGACAACAGCGGAGUCAGAGAGGUCCCCCCUGACCCCUUCCAAAAAGCACACUACCCACAUGACUUCCUGUCAUGUGACAACAUCCCGGCAAUGAACCUGGAGGCAUGGCGUGAUGGUGUCAGCAAAGCUUGCAGUGAUUACAAGGAACCAUAAAAGGACAGGGUAAUGGCUCCCAGAUAGCCUUCAACAUUGAAAACAUACUGUGGAAUUUCAAUGAAUGUUUCAUGAAGAGCCAUUCAACGGAAAUAAAUACAUACAUAC